AUGCUAAUGAUUCGCCCUACUUUUCGUAAUUUUGUAUUUCCCCUCGCUUCCUUUUCGUCCUCUGCUUCACGUUCUAAUUUCUCCGGAUGCUUUCUGGGCAUGGUCGAUUACUCCAACUCAAGCACUCCCUCUCACAAAUCAUUGAUGUCUAGUCACCUAAAGAAACACAGAUUAGACGCAGCUCGAGCGCUCCUCGAUAACAUCCCAUUCUCGAUGUGACUCAUCAACGGUUAUGCCAGAAAUGAUAGACUCCGCGAUGCCUUGAAGCUGUUUUACGAAAUCCCGGAUAAAGACAUUGUUUGUUGGAAUUCGAUAGUUAAAGGGUGUUUGGAUUGUGGGGAUUUGAGUAUCGCCGUGAAGCUUUUUGGUGAAAUGCCUGAAAGGAAUGUCGUUUCUUGGACCACAAUGGUGAAUGGGUUCUGUCAGUUCGGGAGAGUUGAGAUGGCUGAGUGCUUUUUUUGGGAGAUGCCGGUGAGGGAUGUGGCAGCGUGGAAUUCAAUGCUUUAUGGGUAUUGUGGUAGUGGUAGACUUGACGAUGCGACGAGAUUGUUUGACAAGAUGCCUUUUCGUAAUGUGAUAUCAUGGACUUCGAUGAUUAGUGGGCUUGAUCAGAAUGGGAAGGGCAUUGAAGCUUUGUGUCUUUUUAGGCAGAUGGUAGGUUCUGGUGUUGAGCCCACUGUGACCACGUUGGUUUGUGUGUUAUCAGCUUGUGCAAAUAUACUAGCUCUACAUCUAGGUGUUCAGAUUCAUGGACAUAAUAUUAAGUUAGGGUACUGCUUUGAUGAAUUUAUAUCUGCUUCACUUAUAACAUUUUAUGCAAAUUGCAAGCAAACGGAGAAUGCUGGUAAGGCUUUCGAUGAGGUAACGCAUAAAAAUGUAGUAGUAUGGACAGCUCUUGUAACCGGAUAUGGUUCAAAUGGUAAGUAUCAGGAUGCAUUGACGGUUUUUGGGGACAUGAUAAAGAUGGGUGUCCUUCCUAAUCAAUCUUCUUUCACCAGUGCUUUGAAUUCUUGUUGUGGAUUAGAGGCUCUUGAUAGGGGCAAAGAGGUCCAUGCAGUAGCUGUUAAGCUCGGUUUAGAGACUGAUGUCUUCGUGGGUAAUUCUAACAUUGUCAUGUAUACUAAAUGUGGAAAUAUAAAUGAUGGCUUAGCUGUAUUCAAAAGAAUUCGUAACAAGAAUACUGUCUCAUGGAACUCAAUUAUUGUUGGUUGUGCACAACAUGGGUGUGGCUUCUGGGCUCUGACUCUCUUUAGCCAAAUGAUACGUAUGGGGGUGGACCCGGAUGAAAUCACAUUCACAGGUUUGCUUUCUGCAUGUAGCCAUUCCAGGAUGUUACAGAAAGGGAGAUGUGUUUUCAAAUAUUUCAGUGAAGUUAAACAUAUUGAGAUGAAGCUUGAACACUAUGCAUGUAUGGUUGAUGUCCUAGGUCGAUGUGGUGAGUUGGAAGAAGCAGAGGAGUUAAUAAGACGCAUGCCUAUGAAGGCGAAUUCCAUGGUAUGGCUAGCUUUGCUUAGUGCUUGUAGGAUACAUUCUAACUUGAAUGUGGCUGAAAGAGCUGCAAAAUGCCUUUUUGAUUUAGAACCAAAUUGUAGUGUAGCAUAUGUGUUAUUAUCUAAUUUAUAUGCAUCUGCAAAUAGAUGGGGUGAUGUCUCCAGGAUACGGGGGAAGAUGAAACAUAGUGGGAUCAUAAAAGAACCAGGAUCCAGUUGGGUUAUUCUUAAGGGACUGAGGCAUAAAUUUCUUUCUGGAGAUAGGUCGCACCCACUCAGCAAAAAAAUAUAUGAAAAGCUUAACUGGUUGGGAGGAAAGAUGAAGGAAUUUGGUUAUGUUCCUGAUCAACAGUUUGCUUUGCAUGAUGUUGAGGUUGAACAAAAGGAAGAGAUGCUGUCUUAUCAUUGCGAAAGGCUAGCCAUUGGAUUUGGGUUGAUUCAUACUGUAGAGGGGAGUACAAUAAUAGUAAUGAAGAAUCUUCGUGUGUGUGGUGACUGCCAUUCUGCCAUUAAGCUCAUAGCUAAGAUUGUUGGGCGGGAGAUCGUUGUAAGAGAUUCUAUCCGCUUCCAUCACUUCAGGGAUGGUCUUUGUUCUUGCGGGGAUAAUUGGUAG